CUCCGGGGGUGGGCGUUUUUGUUCCUCGGAUACUCGUCGAGAGAUCGUGAUAAUGGAUGUGAGUGUGGACCAUUGAAUGUAGAAAUGUAGACGCAGUUCCAACCGCUGUUGAGUGAUAAAACGGAAAAACAACACAACAUAUGGCACGGAUCAUAAAUCAAGCGGAAAUUAAAACAGAGGGACCCUUGAUGCUGAAGUGAAGUAAUCAUAAAAAAGCGAAAUAAAAGAAAGGGUCGGCCAUCCUUGGGCCCAUCGUUUAACCUCGGCCCACUCAUGAAUAUGACAUCGGCGGUCCGCGGCCGACCCACGGUGCUGAUUUAUGUGUCGGUGAUCCAUCAUCCUUGAUAGACGUAACUCCCAAACUGUACGGAAGCGAAACGAAACGAUUGUGUAUGCAUGGAGUUUUGUGAUCUACUAUUUCACUGAAGUUACGGUUGUUUGCCAAUGAAGCAAUAAAAAAAAUGCGUCGCCGUCCACUACCAUCGGUCCGUGAAGACUCGAACGUAAAAUCCUGGCACAGUCUUUGCGAUAACGAAUGGGCGAUUUACGCUUUAGUAGCGUCAGUGGGCGCGUUAACGUAUUCGAACAGUUUGAACGGGGAGUUCGUACAUGAUGACAUUCCGGCGAUAGUGUCGAACGGUGACGUGACUGGCGUGAACCCUGUGCUGAAUAUAUUCAAGAAUGACUUCUGGGGGACGCCCAUGUCGGACACGGGGAGCCACAAGUCGUAUCGGCCGCUCACUACGCUUACGUUCAGACUAAACUACGCGCUCUGCGGGCUAUCAGCGUGGUGGUGGCACGCGUGCAACGUCGCGCUGCACGCGGCGUGCUGCGCGUUGGUCGCGCGCGCCGGCGCGGUUGUCGCGCGUCUGCAGCGCCCCUUCGCCGCACUCGCUGCGUUGCUUUUCGCCGUGCACCCUGUACACACUGAAGCGGUCGCGGGAGUGGUCGGGCGCGCCGAUGUGCUGGCGUGUGUAUUCUUUCUGUCUUCACUGCUCCUUUAUCAUGGGUCAUGCGGCAGGAGACGAGUAUGGUUGAGCGUAGUGCUGGCCGGUCUGAGCAUGCUGGCCAAGGAGACUGGACUCACCGCGCUCCUGUUCAACUUGGCCUUCGAUGUUUACAGGAGUUGGAACUCCAUGAACAGGUCUCCAGUAAAAUGCCGCUGGAAAAGUGACAGUGUGUGGGGCAGGGUCGCCAAAGGCCUGCUAGUUCUCAUGUUGCUGGCUGUCGGCCGACUGGCGCUGCUGCAAGGCUCCUUGCCUGCCUUCUCGCCACAGGACAACCCCCCUGCCUUCCAUCCUUCAUUCGCUAUCAGAUUAAUGACGUUCUGCUACCUGGCAGCGUUCAACUGGUGGUUGCUGCUGUGCCCAUGGAGCCUGAGCCACGACUGGCAGAUGGGCUCCAUACCCCUCAUCACCAGCGGCUGGGACCCCAGGAACCUGGUCACUUGCGCGGCGCUGAUUGCGCUCCUCGCGCUGUCGUACCGCUGUUUGAUGGAUUUAGAGUUACAACGGCAUACACCUCUGGUGGUUGGGUUGAUGUUACUGGUCAUCCCUUAUCUACCUGCGUCCAACUUGCUGGUCACCGUCGGUUUCGUUGUGGCAGAGAGAGUUUUGUAUAUUCCCAGCGUUGGUUCCGUAGUGAUCACAGUAUACGGCGUCCAGCUGAUGUGGAAGCGAGGCGGCAACAGCAGACGGCUGCUGGCUAUGAGUGUUGCUGUCCUUGUCGCUUCCGGAGCCGCCAGGACUUAUUUGAGGAACAGGGACUGGAGAACUAGAGAGAGUUUACUGAGGUCGGACCUGGCAGUUCUACCACAUAAUGCAAAACUUCACUACAAUUUUGCAAACUUUCUGAAGGACAUCGAACAACAGGAGAAUGCAAUCAAACACUACAAAGAAGCGUUAAAAUUAUGGCCAAGCUACGCCAGCGCGCACAACAACCUCGGCACGCUGGUGCUGGCGUCCGGCCGGGCGGAGCACCACUUCCUACAAGCCCUGAAGUACAACAGAGACCAUGUCAACGCACAUUACAACCUAGCCAAGCUAUAUCGAAAAAAGAAUCGUAUACCAGAAUCGCUGAAGAUGCUGGAACGUUGCCUAUCGCUGGAGCCAAGGUUCGUGCAAGCCUACUUGGAACUGCUGCACAUAACUCCUGAGGACGAGAAGAGGUCCACUCUGGACAGGCUGCUGGAGCUGGAGCCGAAGAACUGGGAACAUCACCACCUGUAUGGGAACUGGCUGAAAGGAAGAGGUCUGUGGCCACUAUCCCUGGCCUACUACUCAACAGCCUUACGUUUGACCUUCAAUAAAGGGGAAAGGGGUGCGUUACCCUCCUUGCGCGCCGCGUGUCUUGUGUUGAGGAGUGCGGGGCAACAUUCCAGACUACUUCAACUUCUUACACGAUGGCAAGGCGCGGGCGGCGGCGCUGCCGCUGCGGAGCGGAGACGAGCUGCCGCUGCUGCCUGGAGACUGCGGAGCGAGCUCGAGGGCCGUGCUGCCAAAUAUGCGCGGGCGCCUCUCAUGACAUCCACCUGUCUCCACCACAGUCAACUAGAAGUAUCGCCGCAGUAUAAAAAUAAUCUAGUGAAAAAAGACUCGAGAACAAUCAUGAACUCACCCAGUGUUCCUUUAGAUAAUACAGAUAAAGUAAAACAUAGUUGCCAAAAACACAUGUACAAGAAAAGUGUAUCAAUAUCCGCUCAAUAUAAACCUAUUCAUAACAAAUCCGAAACUGGGGUGAAGAAGAGUUGUCCUCUCCACAAAAAGAAGAAAAUCAAGGACCCAGACGGAUUGCCCUAUGUUACAGACCAUUUGAUAAAGACUUAUUAACUUCUAAGGUUUUCUAGAAUUUUGCAACAUUAUCUAAGUCACUUA